GUAGGGGAGGGAGUGAAGAGCAAAAUCCUCAAGACAUGGAGGAGGUGGUGAUCAUGGAGCCAGAAGUGGCCGAAAUGCCGGAGCCAGGAGGUCUGUGUCCCCAGGGGUCUCCCCUUUCCCAGGAGGAGAGUUCCGAAGAGGGCGAGGUGGCAGCCCUACGCCUCACUGCCACGUCCCAGGCAACGGUGACAUUCAAGGACGUGGCCAUGGACUUCACGCCCGAAGAGUGGGGGAAGCUAGAUCCGGUGCAGAGAGCCGUGAUGCUGGAGAACUACAGGAACCUGGUCUCGCUGUGGCUUCCGAUUUCCAGACCUGAGAGCUACAGUUUGGAGAAUGGAAGGGAAGUGCUGAAGCUGGAGAGGAAGGCCUCUGGGGACAGCUGUCCAGACAUGGAGCCAAGAGCCAAGAGCAAGGAUUACGCUUCAGUGCAAGAUUUUUCCAAAGAAUCGUCCUGCCAGGUUGCAAUCAUCGAGAGACUGACGAAGAAUAAUGGCUCAGAUGCAGCUGUGGAAUGUGAAAGUUGGUUGGAAAGUCAGCAAGAAAGUCAGGAGAGACAUUUGAAAGAGGUGUUCACUCACAUGAAUGCCUUACCUGAGGAAAGAGAUCUUGAAUGUGAUAUUCCCUGGGAAAACUAUAGUCAAAAGCCCGUCCAUGCCACUCAAGACAGAGUGCUCAGAGGAUCCUAUUCCUUCCAGACACUGGAAAAGCGAUUGAAACAGAAAUCAAACUUAGUGAAAAAGCAGAGAACUUAUAACAAAGAGAAGAAGCCUCAUAAGUGUAACGAUUGUGGUGAACUCUUCACUUACCAUUCAGUGCUUAUUCGACACCGGAGAGUCCACACUGGAGAGAAACCCUAUUCCUGUGACGAAUGUGGGAAAUCUUUUAGCCACAGGGCGAACCUAACGAAGCAUCAGAGAACUCAUACUAGAAUCCUCUUCGGAUGCAACCAAUGCAAGAAAACUUUCACAGAAAGCUCAUCCCUUGCGAUCCACCAGAGAAUUCACAUUGGAGAGAGACCUUACGAAUGCAGUGAAUGUGGGAAAGGUUUCAAUCGAAGCACACAUCUUGUGCAGCAUCAGUUGAUUCAUACUGGAGUGAAGCCCUAUGAGUGCAAUGAAUGUGAUAAGGCCUUCAUUCACUCGUCAGCACUAAUUAAACAUCAAAGAACUCAUACUGGAGAGAAACCCUACAAAUGUCAGGAUUGCGGGAAAGCCUUUAGCCACUGCUCAUCCCUUACUAAGCACCAGAGGGUUCAUACUGGGGAAAAGCCAUAUGAAUGUAGUGAAUGUGGGAAAACAUUUAGUCAAAGCACACAUCUUGUCCAGCAUCAGAGAAUUCAUACUGGAGAGAAACCCUACGAGUGUAAUGAAUGUGGGAAAACAUUCAGUCGGAGUUCAAAUUUUGCUAAACAUCAAAGAAUUCAUAUCGGAAAGAAACCCUACAAAUGUGGUGAGUGUGGGAAAGCCUUCAUUCAUUCGUCAGCUCUUAUUCAACACCAGAGAACUCAUACUGGAGAGAAGCCCUUUAGAUGUAAUGAAUGUGGGAAAAGCUUUAAGUGCAGUUCAUCCCUCAUCAGACAUCAAAGAAUUCAUGUUGAAGAUCAACCCUGAAAAAUUACUGAGUAUGAAGUAAUGUAAGUUGGGUAUAUCACUGUAUGAGGUACCUGAGUGUUUAAAUGGAAACUCAUUGUAUGCCUUGAGACCCAAAUAUAUAAGCAUCUAAUUUCAUUUGCAUAAUAUGUAGUUUUUGAGCCACAGACAGGCUGGUGCUUACAUCUGUUGAUUUGAUAAUUAUUAAAACUUCCAUUCAGGGAUCUCAGAAUUUUAAGUCUCAGUCUCCCAAAUACUCAUUCACUAAAAGUCAUACAGUCCCAGAGAGGGUGGCCUUAUAGACUGAGAAGUUGUUUUCCCCUCUCCUGAUCUUGUUAGAGCCCUAUUGUAGCCCCUCAGUUUGCAAAAGGAAUUCUUACUUGGUAGGUUAGCUUGAUGGCUCAUAAUAUGCCCUUCUUGUGAGGAGGACACAAAGUUACUUGUCUUUGAGUCAUCAGACAUAUGCAUGACAUCAGCUCUCCAGAGAAUGUAAAGCUACCACUUAAUGUGAUGAGCAUAACCAGGCUGUAUUUAGUUAUGGUCAUAGGAAUGAUAUUACUCGCAGAGUUGUGGUAUUUGUUACCCCUGUUGUGUGGAACCCUACCUAAGUUUCCCUUUUUUGUUGUUUUUCCUGGAGUUCACCUGAGGUAGAGUUAGCCAGAAUCUGAACUGUUAAUCAGGUCCCUAUUUGCUUAUCCUUGGCAUUGAAUUAAUCCUUGGUUUUCUAUUGUGAACAACUGUGUAAGAAACUUUAUCUACAUCACUCAGCUUUCUGUAAAUUGUGCUGUAUCACCUUAAGGAAAGAUUCCAUAGAUACUGAGGGUCUAGAAAGCUGGUGGAUUGGAUCAGUGUGUUAUUGUAUCUAGGGUUCCUGUCAAGAAGAAGUGAAGCCACUGAGACACCUGGGCAUACAUUCCUGUCAGGUAUGGAAACCAGUUCACAGGACAGUCCUCAAGCAGCUCACUUGAGGAUGAGCAGGUCUCCAUGAAGAAAUUACCAUUUCGCUGCCCUUAAGGUUUACUCAUAUUGCUGCUGCUGCUGUUGUUCUCCAUAUGCUAAUUAGUCUCUAUCCUAGAGCAGCCUGAAAGAAGACAAGGCAUGACAUCACAAUAAUAAAUUAGCAUAAGUUGCAAGGGGACCAGAAAGGUGGUAUGAUUGGAAACACAAAAGCAAAAAUUCAAAUAAAGGUUUAAUAAAACACUACACAAAUGUCAUUUUUUUAUUAUUCUACCUAGUGUAGGAUAUUCUAUAUAUUAUGUGUGUUACAUAAAAUUAUAUAAUGAUGGAAAAAUAUAAUAAGAUUUCUACUUCUCUCCUGCAUCUUAUCCAUGAUCUCUUGUCAACACAACAAAAUGUUCAAACCUUAGGGUGUCACUGUACAUUGUCACUUACAGCUAUUAAAAUGCUUUCACUAAACCACAUACUUCAGUGAAAAGAAAUUCAUUUGGGGGCCAGAUUUAAACUAACGAAAUAAAAAUGCUCAAAAUGGGCAUUCCAAAGUUUAGUUUAAAAAUCUGCUACUCCCAGUUAGCACUUGUGGGACUUUGAAAUGCUACUAAUUCUGGUCUUAAUUUUCUUUAUAUGUAAAAUGAAAAUAAAUCAUCCCUUUCUCAUAAGUUGUCAUGAGGAUUAAAUAAGAGUACGUACAAAGGACCUACUUAGGAGAACAUAUACUCCCAACUCCCCCUUUACCGUCUACAUACAAUUGAAAAUGAAAUAGUUAAGCUUCAGUCAGUACUCUGUGUAUAUGUAUGGAUUAUAUACGUGAGUGGGUGUAAACACUUGUGUAUGAGAGUAACUCAAAAAAUCCAUGGGAAAUUUGAUUAAGAAAUGUGUGUUUUGCUGAAUUUUGAAAUUUCAUGUGUGAUGUAUUUCUGUACUGUGAAUUCUCAUGAGCUUUUUGAAGCCCCUGCACAUAUUUACAUACACACACAUAUAUACAAAUAUAUUUUUCUAAUGCUAUGGCUAAGAACCAGUGGAAGUUAGAAGUGAAUUUUUGCCAUACCUUUGAUUUAUCUGUUGCGGACCAUGGCUGUUCUGCUGUCUGGCCUCUCCUAGAGACAAACCCAUACUUCUUUGUCUUCUUGCUUCUGUCUGGUGUUUUCCACAUAGCGUCUUUGAGACCUGGAAUAUGCUUUUUUUACUCAUGAGUAUGAUUUAAAUAGGAGCUAUUUGCUGGUUCCAGAGACUUGAGUUUGCAGUGUAGUGUGAAGGGAUUUACACUACAUUGGUUUUACUGGGAAAUCUGGCCCUUUGCGUCUCAAUCCUAUGCCCGCUUUAUGCGUGAGGUUCAACUUGAUUACAUGUCUGCAUUCCAACACGAAUAUUGGAAGUUUUAAUGCUGUACAUUUCACAUGUUUUUGCUUACCUAUAAACAGUGUGUUCUUAUUAUUCAUUGUCAAUAAAGAUGA